UGAAUGCCUCCGCACUUUAUAGAACAAGUAGUCAAAAACAAAAAGCCUAGGUAUCAUUGGACCCAAGGUCCAGAUUCUUUGUUAUUUGCUUUUACAUGUCUUUUGAAUAACUUGAAUGUAUCAGUAUUGUUAACUUAUUUAGUAUUCAACCAGAAGCAAAAACUUGCAGAAACCUCAAUUUUUCAAAGCCAUAGAAAACCAUGCCUGCUUAGUGAUCAUAUAACCAGAUGCUUAGCUUGGGAGAGAGAGUGAGAAAGAAGAGAGAGUGGAAGCAUAAAAUUUGAACAAAUAUCAGUAGAAGCCUUGUUAUACUAUGAGCCGAGCAGAAAUGGUCCUAAAAGAAACCAUGCACAAAAGUAAGGUCUUCUAUGACAAAACUCUUCAAAACCUCAAAAGCUUCUUCUGUGGAGGAUACAAAAAACUACCCAAAUCCCUUUCCUUGAAUCCUUGCUUUUGUGGGAGUGACCUGAAAUAUUACCCAAGAGAUGAGUUUUACACUGAUUAUUAUGAUGAGUGGGAGCCUACUAUAGAUGAGGUGAAGAAGAGAGAUAGUACAUCAAAAGAAACAAUCAAGGAUGAGGAUCCAUGUAGUGACAGCUUCAUGAUGUUUCCAAAGCAAAGUCCUAAGAAGAGCAAACAAGAAGGGGGAUUGUUAAGGGAUAAGAAGUCUAGUGGAGGCUCUCGUGAUCUUGGAAAAGGAAAGGACCAGUUAUCAUUCCAGAACAUGAAUGGUAAUAGAGGGAGCAAUGUUUUAGCGAAAAGGAUGAAGGAGUUUGAAAUGGUGGAUGCAGGUGAUGUGGAGCAGGUGUUGGAUGUAGAAGAGGCACUUCACUACUACUCUCGCCUCAAAAGUCCGGUGUACCUUGACAUUGUUGACAAGUUUUUCUUAGAUAUGUACUCAGAUUUCUCCGUCCCACCAGCACCAUCGAUCAGCAUCAACAAUUCAAAGCAGAGAGUUGGCUCCCGGAGACUUGGCUCCCGAAGACUUGGCUCCAUUAGGUUGUAGUGUCUAUGCUAGUGAGUUUUUACUUUGUGCAUAUAGAUCUAUUGAUGUUUUCAACACUUGGUUUUGUGUGUUUGUCACUGCCUGGUUCGGUUUUGAUUUUCAGGCUUGCAAGAUUUUCUUCAUUUUCGACCAAAAAAAUCUUUCUUGUUACACUAUCAGACAAUGUAGUAUCAUUACCUUCUAUGAUGAAA